AUGCCCGGGCCUCUUAUCAUUGCAGAUUGGGGGGACCGGCUAAACAUACAUGUUACUAACAACCUUCCCGUCAAUGGAACCGCGAUCCAUUGGCAUGGCAUUCGUCAGCUCAACUCCGUUGCUGCGGAUGGUGUUCCAGGUAUCACGCAGUGUCCUAUCGCUCCUGGAACCUCCCUCACAUACAGCUUCCACUUGACGCAGUACGGCUCAACCUGGUACCACAGCCAUCUGUCGUUGCAAUAUGGCUUAGGCCUCUUUGGCCCCAUGAUCAUCAAUGGACCAGCAACGGCAGACUACGAUGAGGACCUCGGAGCACUGUUCCUCCAGGAUUGGGGACACAAAACAGCCUUUGCGCUCUGGGACACAGCAAAGCAAGGAGCCCCGCCGACCAUGGAGAAUGGUCUUAUAAAUGGCUGCACAGGCACAAUCGGGAAGAAGUUUGAGACUGUGUUCCAAGCAGGAAAGAAAUACCGUAUACGGCUUGUCAACGUUGCCACUGAUGGGCAUUUCCAAUUCAGCAUCGACGGCCACUCGCUCACCGUAAUAGCUAACGACCUCGUGCCCAUCCGGCCAUAUACCGCUGAUUCCGUUCUCCUGACUAUGGGACAGCGGUACGAUGUUAUCGUUGAGGCGAAUGCAACCCCAGGUGAUUACUGGCUCCGAGGCAAAUGGGUCGACGCAUGCAUGACGAACGGCAACUCCGACGGCAUAACAGGCAUCGUGCGCUACGAUAAUAGCAGCACGGCGUCCCCAACCAGCAACUCCACUGUGACCACGGCCUCCAGCUGCGAGGAUGAGCCAUACACCAGCCUCGUGCCGCAUGUGGCCAUGGACGUUGGCGCAGUGACACAAACGGCCACGGAGAACCUGAACUUCAAGUUCGACACGUACUUCAAGUGGACGCUCAACGACUCCACCCUGCUGCUCGACUGGGCGAGCCCGACGCUCCCCAACGUCUUGGCCGGGAACAACACCUUCCCGGCCGACUACAACGUCGUCUCAGUCAACGGGACCUCCUCGGACUGGGCUAUGCUCGUGAUCCAGGACAAGACCGGCUUCGGCCUCUUCCACCCGAUCCACCUUCACGGCCACGACUUCUGGAUCGUCGCCCAAGCUGCUGGAACGUUUGACCCGGCUACGACGAAUCUCACUACCACCAAUCCGCCUCGUCGCGACGUCGCGACCCUCCCUGGCAAUGGUUAUCUCGCUAUAGCUUUCAAGCUGGAUAACCCAGGCACUUGGUUGGCGCACUGCCACAUCGCAUGGCACGCGUCCGGUGGAUUCGCGCUCGAGUUCGUGGAGCGGGAGGGCGAGAUCACCGGAAACUUGCGAAACGGAGACCAGGCCACUUUACAGAACACGUGCCAGGCAUGGGGUGCGUUCAACCAGGUCGUUCGGCAGGACGAUUCGGGAAUUUGA